CAUUCCAAAGCGUCCCAUGAAACCCGCUUAUUUUCUCGUUUCUAUGUCGAUGCCUCGCUCGUAAAGGAGGAGCCUUCUUCGUUAUACUAUCUAGCCUCUACUCCCGUAUUCUCGCCAUUCAUGCGCCCCCGUGCCGGUUGAAUUUGCAACGGUCUAGGAAUCCUGUUCCGGGCUCUGUCCCAUAUGCCCGUGACACGGACUUCCCGAGCAAGAUAGGCACGCCGCCGUCUUGCAUGUCCGCAGGUCACUGGACUCCCCUCCAUCAUUAUCAUUUAACGCCACCAGCAGCUUCGUCGUCAAAGCUCCUCGCAACUAAUCAAUCUCUGUCUAAUCUCUCUAUCCCCCUUGCCUUUACUCCCAUCUAUACUACAGACCGAGCCUCACCGACGCUAUGGCCUUCACAUCGCUCGCCGGGCUGAUCACAACGACGGCCAUCGCAGCCCUCAGUAGCGGCGUCGGUGCGUCGGCGGCUAGCAGUCUGACCUCUGCUUCCAGCACCUUUGCAACUCCUUCCCCAUCACCGACUAUGCAAACGGUUCCUUUCUAUUUGGCCGGUCCGGAAACUGGGGAUGGAGAGGACACCGGGGAAUGCAGGCUUCUAGGCCCUUUUUCGCUUCUCGUCCAGGCUGCGCUCGGGGCAUUGGCGCUUCUUUCAUUAGUCUACAAGCGAUGGAGAGAAAGACCCCAGCGACCAUUGAAGGUGUGGGCGUUUGACGUCUCUAAACAAGUCUUCGGGUCCGCUAUGCUACACCUGGCGAAUCUACUCAUGUCCAUGUUUUCUGCAGGACAGCUGGAGAUCCGGAGCAAAUACAAACCGAACCCAUGUUCGUUCUACAUUUUGAACCUGGGAAUUGAUACUACGCUGGGUAUUCCGAUCCUUAUAUUCAUUCUUCACGUCCUCAACCGCCUAGCCUCGUAUACACCACUGGCAGAUCCCCCGGAGUCUAUCGAGUCCGGGAACUAUGGUCGUCCACCUCGCGCCUCGUGGUGGUUUAAACAGUCGAUAAUUUACUUCAUGGGGCUGCUGGGGAUGAAGAUCUGCGUCUUCUUCCUCAUUCAGCUGCUACCGUUCAUCGUCAAGGUGGGAGAUUGGGCUCUCCGAUGGACGGAGGGCAACACGGCUGUGCAGAUUAUCUUCGUGAUGCUGCUCUUCCCCAUUAUUAUGAAUGCGAUUCAAUAUUACAUUAUUGACACCUUCAUCAAGAAGCCGUUAUCGCAGGAUACCCUCGAGUCUGAGCCGGAAGGUGAGGGCUACAGCCAUGAGCAUCGCCAUGCGCUAUUGGCGGGCCUGGACGAUGGGUCGUUGGAGUCGGAUGAUGACUCUGUAGGAAAGGAUCACGAGCCGGGCUUAGACAACCCGGCUCAGGGAAAAGAAGACCUUGUCCGGUUUGAGUCUGCCGAAUACAGCCCGGCGACUCACGGUGAACACAGCUCUGCCUCAUCUGCGUCGGCAUCAGCCAGGUCGGGCAGCAGCCAUGGCGAAUAUGGUCAGCUAUCAUCAUCCACCAAGCUUACAUCCCGGGACAGCUGACAUGACGCUCUCCACUCACGUACUUCAUGAGGUGGCGUUUGGUGAUUUCACGGUUGUUCGUUUACUUGAUGGCAGUUGGGCUUAUUAUACAUCUCCGGGUCAGUAGGGAAGGCGUGUACAUGAGUCUAGAUGUUCUGAUUUGCUAUUCUCCUUAAUUUGCCUGCCUUACUCGAGAUUGCUCCCCGAGACAAAAUAUACAUGUAAUGGAAG